AACACACACAUACACACACAUACAGAAUCGGCAGAGGAAGGAAGCCAGAGAGCCGGGAUAAAAUCCCAGGGAGACAGUAGUGAGCGCCUGCCGACUUGCAGCCAUGGCCGACGUGGGUGAGUAGAAAAACCCUUUUUGAAAACCUCUGUUACAGCAUGUGCAUGCCAAUGAGUGCGUAUAGCAGUGGAGGCAUUGCCAAUAUUUGGACCAGGGGAUGUACAGUAGGAAUCGACAAGGAUGUAGCUCAGGCUAGAUUCCAGGAGACAAUCAGCCUGUCUGUUUUAGUUUCCGGUCUUGUGUUUAAAGGUCACAGUAAUAUGGGCUGACAUUACCCGCCCAGGUAAACAUUGUGGGACAGAGACAGGGCACAGGUGGCUGUCUCUGAAGCAACCCUGGAAGACAGACAGACAGACAGACAGACAGACAGACAGACAGACAGACAGACAGAGAGAUAGACGGGAGGGCUGGAGAUGUCUAAAGGAAGCACCUCGUUUGUGGGAUGUUAGUGAUAAUAAGGACCAUGGGGAGGGUCCUUAUAUCUCUCUCAUGGGACAGAUUAACACUCUGCUGUACGCAUCAUUUCCCUAGACUCUCUCUCACACACACACACAUGCACUCAUGCACACAUGCACACACACACACGGAAUGGCAAACGGGAACUGUGAAAUGGGGAUCUGUAUGGUACUUGACUCUGUGUAUUUACUGCAGCUGUAACGAUACCAGUAUCGUCAUAUUUUUUCCAUGGCAAAAAUAAAGUCUUUGGUGUUUUAAAAACCUGCUGUAUGUAAAAUAUUGUGUGCUCUAGCUUGGAAAUUAUAUCAAUGUGACUCUGGAUGAUUGUUUCCAACAUUAGGGCUGUUUUGUUUCCUUGCCACGAUAAUAACGAGUAUCGCGAUUCUGGUAUCGUCCUGGGCCUAUAUAUAACCCUGAUAGCCUCUCACUGUAGGAUCUAUUUUCACACUGCUUACCAGGGAUUAGCCAAAGUGAUUACUCUCUGUCUGUGGCUCUGCUUAGAAAGUAUGUGUUGACGACACAGCACAGAGGACAGCUAACUGUCACACCCACACAUUGACUAAGCUCUGCUUUACUCUCUCUUUCUCUCUGCUCUCAAGUCAAGGGUUCUGGGCUCUUUUUUGUUCAUUUGGCUUUAUUUUCAGAUAUGUUCAAUGAAAUUGGAAGGCACCAAUCAGUCAGAUAUUUGCUAGCUGGAGGGGACAGAGGCAUGUUACAGAAAUGAUGUACACACACACCUUCCCCCCUUCUCUCCCUUCUACUCCUAGCCUCUGGCAUGGGGGAUACCAUUGCCAGCCACCCCUCACUGUCUUUGAUGUAUAAUCCAUAAUGCAACUUGACCUCUUCGCCUGUGUAUUCAUAUAUUCAUAUCACUCUGGUCCUAUACAGUAUGUGCAAAUGUGUUUGGCUGAGAUGCAUUGCACCAACAUUAACAAGUGCUAUACAUUUGACAUGUACAGUGGGGGAAAAAAGUAUUUAGUCAGCCACCAAUUGUGCAAGUUCUCCCACUUAAAAAGAUGAGAGAGGCCUGUAAUUUUCAUCAUAGGUACACGUCAACUAUGACAGACAAAUUGAGAAAAGAAAUUCUGGAAAAUCACAUUGUAGGAUUUUUUAUGAAUUUAUUUGCAAAUUAUGGUGGAAAAUAAGUAUUUGGUCACCUACAAACAAGCAAGAUUUCUGGCUCUCACAGACCUGUAACUUCUUCUUUAAGAGGCUCCUCUGUCCUCCACUCGUUACCUGUAUUAAUGGCACCUGUUUGAACUUGUUAUCAGUAUAAAAGACACCUGUCCACAACCUCAAACAGUCACACUCCAAACUCCACUAUGGCCAAGACCAAAGAGCUGUCAAAGGACACCAGAAACAAAAUUGUAGACCUGCACCAGGCUGGGAAGACUGAAUCUGCAAUAGGUAAGCAGCUUGGUUUGAAGAAAUCAACUGUGGGAGCAAUUAUUAGGAAAUGGAAGACAUACAAGACCACUGAUAAUCUCCCUCGAUCUGGGGCUCCACGCAAGAUCUCACCCUGUGGGGUCAAAAUGAUCACAAGAACGGUGAGCAAAAAUCCCAGAACCACACGGGGGGACCUAGUGAAUGACCUGCAGAGAGCUGGGACCAAAGUAACAAAGCCUACCAUCAGUAACACACUACGCCGCCAGGGACUCAAAUCCUGCAGUGCCAGACGUGUCCCCUUGCUUAAGCCAGUACAUGUCCAGGCCCGUCUGAAGUUUGCUAGAGUGCAUUUGGAUGAUCCAGAAGAGGAUUGGGAGAAUGUCAUAUGGUCAGAUGAAAGCAAAAUAGAACUUUUUGGUAAAAACUCAACUCGUCGUGUUUGGAGGACAAAGAAUGCUGAGUUGCAUCCAAAGAACACCAUACCUACUGUGAAGCAUGGGGGUGGAAACAUCAUGCUUUGGGGCUGUUUUUCUGCAAAGGGACCAGGACGACUGAUCCGUGUAAAGGAAAGAAUGAAUGGGGCCAUGUAUCGUGAGAUUUUGAGUGAAAACCUCAUUCCAUCAGCAAGGGCAUUGAAGAUGAAACGUGGCUGGGUCUUUCAGCAUGACAAUGAUCCCAAACACACCGCCCGGGCAACGAAGGAGUGGCUUCGUAAGAAGCAUUUGAAGGUCCUGGAGUGGCCUAGCCAGUCUCCAGAUCUCAACCCCAUAGAAAAUCUUUGGAGGGAGUUGAAAGUCUGUGUUGCCCAGUGACAGCCCCAAAACAUCACUGCUCUAGAGGAGAUCUGCAUGGAGGAAUGGGCCAAAAUACCAGCAACAGUGUGUGAAAACCUUGUGAAGACUUACAGAAAACGUUUGACCUGUGUCAUUGCCAACAAAGGGUAUAUAACAAAGUAUUGAGAAACUUUUGUUAUUGACCAAAUACUUAUUUUCCACCAUAAUUUGCAAAUAAAUUCAUUAAAAAUCCUACAAUGUGAUUUUCUGGAUUUUUUUUCUCAUUUUGUCUGUCAUAGUUGACGUGUACCUAUGAUGAAAAUUACAGGCCUCUCUCAUCUUUUUAAGUGGGAGAACUUGCACAAUUGGUGGCUGACUAAAUACUUUUUUCCCCCACUGUAUGUGCAUUGGCAAGGCACUAUGAGAUUGGCAUAUCCUGAAGGUUCAUGAGGGGUUGCAGUGUGGAUGUUUGUGUCGGGGUGUGUAUACAGCAUUAGGAUGUACUGUACCAGCAUGUAUUAUUUCUACAGGAAUAUUUUGUUGUAUAUGAUAUGAGAGCAAUGUAGUUGUUCUGCAGGAAGAUAUGACUAAUAUAUGAUGUGUCUCCCUUCCUGUGUGUGUGUGUGUGUGUGUGUGUGUGUGUGUGUGUGUGUGUGUGUGUGUGUGUGUGUGUGUGUGUGUGUGCGUAUACAUUUAUGUGUGUGUGUGUGUGUGUGAGUGUGUGUGCGUGCGUGUAUAUACAUUUAUGUGUGUGUGUGUUGCAGACUCUCUGACUGAGGCGCUGAAUGCCAUCAGUGUGAGCACCGAGUUGGUAGAACAGGAGCUGAAGCCUCAUCUGGACACCGUGCUGGCUGUGCUACUGGAGAAGAGUGAGUCUACACACAUAUCUCCAGUAGACACUGACCUCUGAUUCAUCAAUCUCACUCCUGCCUGUUCCCAUCAGUCAGCUUUUAUGGCAUUGCUUUGGCCAUGGCAAGCAAGGCCAGAGCUUUUAGAAACUAUAGUGGCAAAGCUUAAAUUCUCUCAACAUAUUUAUCAGGUUGUUUAGGAAUCUAUCCUUCCCCCCUUUUUUGAUUUUGGAUGCCUGGCGUAGUCUUGGCCCAAAUCUUCAGCUAUAAAAAGACUGCUUCAAUGUGAGAGUGUUGCAGGAUUGUUCAGAACACCUCUGCUGUUUCUCCUCUGUAUCCAACCUGGACUCAGGGGUAGACUUAACAUAGUAAACAUAAAUCCAGGACACUCCAUUUAGUAUGAUAUGUUACGUUUCGUAUGUUACGUUUCGUAUGGUAUGUAUUAAUUUGUGGAUGUCCAUCAUCCAUUUCAUAUGAUAUGUUACAAAUUACAAUUCGUAUGAUAUGUUACGAAUUUCAAUUCGUACAAUAUGUUACAAAUUGAAAUUUGUACACUAUGUUAAGAAUUUGCUAAAUGUAUGAAAUGUUACAAAUUCCGAUUUUUUGUGGCUAACGUUAGCUAGGUGGCUAGGUGACUAACACUAACCUUAGCUAGGUGGCAAAGUUAGCUAGGGGUUAGGGUUAAGGUUAGUGUUACGGUUAGAUUAAAGGGUUAAGGUUAGGAUUAGAGGAAGGGUUAGUUAACAUGCUAAGUAGUUGCAAAGUAGCUAAAAAGUAGUAAGUAGCUGCAAAGUUGCUAAUUAGCUAAAACGCUAAAGUUGUCCGUGAUUAGUUCGGGGGGGUCGGAGAGAACGAAUGAACGGAAGGAAGUGAGAUAGUGACAGUUCAAGUUAUUCUCCAGCUCUCCCUCGCUCUGCUCUGGCAAAUAUCCAGUUUAUCUGGGGUUGCACUGUGCACGGACAGCUAAAUUUGGUUCCCCUCAAAAACAGGCAAGGGGACGUUACCAUAGCAGCGCAGUGUAGCCUGACAACCUGACCUGCCUCCUUGGCUGUUGUGACAUUCUUUGAAAGGGGAAAUGCUAAUAUCAGGUCUUCCUCUGUGUCUAUUGCACAUUGCUGCUUUAAUGACAAUGAAUCUGCCUCCCAAGUUCAACACAGAGGAGGAUUCUAUUUUAGUUUCUCUCUCUGGUCUCCUCCUGACAUUACAGAGGGGUUAGAGUCACUGUUAAUCGGAGACAGGAGUAGAGAGAGGAAGGCCAAAGACAACCUCUGCACCUAGUGAUCCUGAUCAAUCUCAUCACAGAGAAGAUUGACAGGAAAUGGAAUUACAUCUACUGCUGGGACACUUGCAUUAGCAAGAGUUUUGUGUCAGAACUCAUUUCUGGUUAACAAUUAGCAGGUUUUGUCUAUAGGUCAAUAAAGAUAUUUAUGUUACUAUGAAGCCAAUGGUCAUUUUCCGUCCUCAGUUAUUUUCCAUUCUAUUCUAUAUCCAUGCCCAGGGGUAGUUACCAUAUAAGUGUGUGUAUUAUAUGUCCUCAGAGAAGGGUGCCGCAGUGGAGAUUGCCUCCAGUGGUAUCGUUCCCAUCCUGGCCCAGUCCCUCAAGAAGAAGAGUCUCCUCACCAACCAGGUGGCACUGGUGGUGGCAGAGAUGGCCAGGGAAGGUGAGAUUAGAUGCCAGCCUACUACUGUAGACAAAGCGACAGGGGGUAUGGGGCAUGAAUACCAAUCUGCAACCUGGACUCAAGGGUAGACGUAACAUAGUAAACGAAAAUCCAGAAAAACGAAUUAGUAUGAUACUGUAUGUUACGUUUGGUAUGGCAUGCAUUAAUUUGUGGAUGUCUAUCAUCCAUUUUGUAUGAUAUGUUACGAAUUACAAUUCGUAUGACAUGAUAAGAAUUGCAAUUCGUACAAUAUGUUACUAAUUUGAAAUACGUAUGAUAUGUUACAAAUUCCAAUUUGUUGUGGCUAACAUUAGCUAGGUGGCUAACACUAACGUUAGCUAGGUUGCUAAUGUUAGCUAGACUAGGGAUUAGGGUUAGGGGUUAAGGUUAGGAUUAGGAGUUAGGUCAACUGGUUAAGGUUAGGCUUAGCUAACAUGCUAAGUAGCUAAAAAGUAUUAAGUAGUUGCAAACUUGCUAAUUAGCUAAAAUGCUAAAGUUGUCCGUGAUGAGAUUAGAACACGCAACAUUUUACAUUUACAUUUUAGUCAUUUAGCAGACACUCUUAUCCAGAGCGACUUACAGUUAGAGUGCAUACAUUUUCAUACUGGCCCCCCGUGGGAAUCGAACCCACAACCCUGGCGUUGCAAACGCCAUGCUCUACCAACUGAGCUACACGGGACUACCAACCUUUGGGUUGCUAGAUGUUUGUGUUAUACACCCAACCCUACUUUAGUUUUUGCCUUAAGUAACCUUCUGUUUUAUGUAACCAUACCAAACGUAACAUUUCAGACUCAUCUGAGUGUCACGGAUUUUGAUUUACGUUACGUCUAGUCUGAGACCAGCCUCAUUGACAGCGGCUAGAGUGCUUUUCAUUUACAUCUGUCAAGAUCCAGUCCUCCAUUUACAAACACAACAAUGACAUAGGCUCACUGUGAGUAGAAUCAGAGAUUUAUGAAAUUCUGUCCCUGUGUUUAAGCGGCGGUGAGGAACACGUGCAUUGAGGCGGGGCUGGUGACGGUUCUGGUGCCCCUGCUGAAUAGUGCAGAUGAGGAGCUUUUGCUCCACACUGGAAGAGCCAUCGGACGCAUCUGCUUCGACAACAGUGAGUGAGACUGACUCCAGCAGGCCGGGGCCUUCCCAGGGGGAAUCAGGCUUUACCUGCAGUGACAGGAUGAAUCUUACCCUAUUAAAUUAAUCUGUAAUCUGUAACGCAAUGCUUGUCCUGGUGGAUUUCGUGGGUGUGUGUGCCUCCACCUCCGUCUAUUUAUCUCAGUCUCAAUCCAUUACACUUUCCCUCCUUCUUUCCCUUCCUCUAUUCUCUCUCCUCUUCCCUCUCUCAGCGGCCCAGCAGGAUCAGCUGGUGCAGAGUGGGGUGAUCCCCAGGCUGGUGGCCAUCAUGAGGGAGUACCCAGAGAACGACCCACUGGUCAACGUGUGUCUGCUGGCUCUCUGUAAUCUGGCCGACAUGGGUGAGGAACACCAGAGGAACUUUAGAGGGUCACAGAGACGAGGAAAGCCUGUUUGUUUUCAGUUACAUUUCUGAACCAAAAUGGCGUGCUUGUCUCAUUUGUUUACUUGGAGACUGCACACUGUAUACUGACUUGAACCAGUUGUUAUUGUGUUUCUCACAUCUUAUUUGUGAAUGAUAAUUGUUUCCUAACUGAAAGACCUGGUUAGAUAAAGGUGUAGAUAAAAAUGUUUGGCCUUUGACCCAUGCAGACACGGCGCGAGAGGCGCUGAUAGAGGUGGGUGUGGCGGAGGUGCUGACGGCCCAGCUGAAACGGGCUCCUGACGCCGAGAGAAGACACAUCAUACUGGAGGUGCUGGGAUCACUGGGAGAGAGUGGUGAGUCUGGGCAAUGAUGAUAAUUUAUACUGAGACAGGUGAGAUGAAAUAAACUGAAUGGGGUUUAUGCUUUUCACAUGAAGGGUUGAAUGAAUGUGUGCUCAGACUAACACACCCCUCCUGCUGUUGUCAGAUGUGCUAAAGCUGCAGUUUGUGGAGUCGGGGGUGCCUGAGGCUCUGUCUGAGAUGAUUCGAGGGCUACAAGGUGGCUCUGACCCCCAUGAUCUCUGCAGCAUCAAGAUUGCCUCCAACCUCAUCGUGUCUCUCCUGCUGGGAGGUAAGGAACUCAACCUGACCUGGAGGCACCAUAAUCCCUUUACUGUCCUCCCCUUAAACCCCCUGCGUCCAUGCCUCACUCACACACCAUUUCACUGUCUAUUUUUUAAAAAACCUUUAUUUAACUAGGCAAGUCAGUUAAGAACAAAUUCUUAUUUACAAUGACGGCCUACACCGUCCAAACGACGCUGGGCCAAUUGUGCGCCACCCUAUGAGACUCCCAAUCACAGCCGGUUGUGACACAGCCUGGAAUCGAACCAGGGGGUCUGUAGUGACGCCUCAAGCACUGAGAUGCAGUGCCUUAGACCGCUGCGCGACUCGGGAGCCCAUCAGGUCACAUCACUCAAUUUGAUUGAUGUUUGAUUCCGAAUGUAAUCGAGCAAAGAUACUCUGACUGUGAAUCACAUUAUAUAUACACUACCAGUCAAAAGUUUGGACACACCUACUCAUUCAAGGGUUUUUCUUUAUUUUAAAUGUUUUUUACAUUGUAGGAUAAUAGUGAAGACAUCAAAACUACGAAACAACACAUAUGGAAUAAUGUAGUUACGAAAAAAGUGUUCAACAAAUCAAAAUAUAUUUUAUAUUUGAGAUUCUUCAAAUAGCCACCCCUUGCCUUGAUUACAGCUUUGCACGCUCUUGGCAUUCUCUCAACCAGCUUCAUGAGGUAGUCACCUGGAAUGCAUUUCAAUUUACAGGUGUGCCUACUUAAAAGUUAAUUUGUGGAAUUUCUUUCCUUCUUAAUGCGUUUGAGCCAAUCAGUUGUGUUGUGACAAGGUAGGAGGGGUAUACAGAAUAUAGCCCUAUUUGGUAAAAGACCAAGUCCAUAUUAUGGCAAGAACAGCUCAAAUAAGCAAAGAGAAACGACAGUCCAUCAUUACUUUAAGACAUGAAGGUCAGUCAAUAUGGAACAUUUUAAGAACUUUGAAAGUUUCUUCAAGUGCAGUUGCAAAAACCAUCAAGCGCUAUGAUGAAACUGGCUCUCAUGAGGACCACCACAGGAAUGGAAGACCCAAAGUUACCUCUGCUGCAGAGGAUAAAUUCAUUAGAGUUACCAGCCUCAGAAAUUGCAGCCCAAAUAAAUGCUUCACAGAGUUCAAGUAACAGACACAUCUCAACAUCAACUGUUCAUAGAGGACUGUGUGAAUCAGGCCUUCAUGGUCGAAUUGCUGCAAAGAAACCAAUACUAAAGGACACCAAGAAGAAGAAGUGACCUGCUUGGGUCAAGAAACACGAGCAAUGGACAUUAGACCGCUGGAAAUUCGUCCUUUGGUCUGGAGUCCAAAUUUGAGAUUUUUGAUUCCAACCACUGUCUUUGUGAGACGCAGUGUGGGUGAACGGAUGAUCUCUGCAUGUGUAUUUCCCACCUUAAAGCAUGGAGGAGGAGGUGUUAUGGUGUGGGGGUGCUUUGCUGGUGACACUGUCUGUGAUUUAUUUAGAAUUCAAGGCACACUUAACCAGGAUGGCCACCACAGCAUUCUACAGCGAUACGCCAUCCCAUCUGGUUUGGGCUUAGUGGGACUGUCAUUUGUUUUUCAACAGGACAAUGACCCAACACUUUAUGGUUUACUACAUGAUUCCAUAUGUAUUGUUUUGAUGUCUUCACUAUUAUUCUACAAUGUAAAAAAUAGCAAAAAUAAAGAAAAACCCUUGAAUGAGUAGGUGUGUCCAAACUUUUGACUGGUAGUGUAUGUCCUCUCUGUUUCUAUUUCUUUGAUAAAUGAAAUAUUGAUCACAAAAACAUUAUGAUUGGUUGUUGACUAGUCAGAUGUGCUGCCUGUCCCUGUGUGCUGUGUUUUGGUGCAUUAGAUGAGUCCAUGCAGAAGUGUUUCGGCGAGGGCACGGGGGUGGUGUACCAGGACGUGCUCUCCUGGCUGCAGUCCUCUAACACUCAGCUGCAGCUGUCUGGAGCCCUGGCCAUCGCCAAUUUUGCCAGGAACGGUAAGAUGGCAAAAUGCCUUCAGGUUGACUUACAGUGGGGAAAAAAAGUAUUUAGUCAGCCACCAAUUGUGCAGGUUCUCCCACUUUAAAAGAUGAGAGAGGGCUGUAAUUUUCAUCAUAGGUACACAUCAACUAUGACAGACAAAAUGAAAAAAAAAUUCUCCAGAAAAUCACAUUGUAGGAUUUUUAAUGAAUUUAUUUGCAAAUUAUGGUGGAAAAUAAGUAUUUGGUCAAUAACAAAAGAUUCUCAAUACUUUGUUAUAUACCCUUUGUUGGCAAUGACACAGGUCAAACGUUUUCUGUAAGUCUUCACAAGGUUUUCACACACUGUUGCUGGUAUUUUGGCCCAUUCCUCCAUGCAGAUCUCCUCUAGAGCAGUGAUGUUUUGGGGCUGUCACUGGGCAACACGGACUUUCAACUCCCUCUAAAGAUAUUCUAUGGGGUUGAGAUCUGGAGACUGGCUAGGCCACUCCAGGACCUUGAAAUGCUUCUUACGAAGCCACUCCUUCGUUGCCCGGGCGGUGUGUUUGGGAUCAUUGUCAUGCUGAAAGACCCAGCCACGUUUCAUCUUCAAUGCCCUUGCUGAUGGAAGGAGGUUUUCACUCAAAAUCUCACGAUACAUGGCCCCAUUCAUUCUUUCCUUUACACGGAUCAGUCGUCCUCGUCCCUUUGCAGAAAAGCAGCCCCAAAGCAUGAUGUUUCCACCCCCAUGCUUCAAAGUAGGUAUGGUGUUCUUUGGAUGCAACUCAGCAUUCUUUGUCCUCCAAACACGACGAGUUGAGUUUUUACCAAAACGUUCUAUUUUGGUUUCAUCUGACCAUAUGACAUUCUCCCAAUCCUCUUCUGGAUCAUCCAAAUGCACUCUAGCAAACUUCAGACGGGCCUGGACAUGUACUGGCUUAAGCAGGGGGACACGUCUUGCACUGCAGGAUUUGAGUCCCUGGCGGCGUAGUGUGUUACUGAUGGUAGGCUUUGUUACUUUGGUCCCAGCUCUCUGCAGGUCAUUCAUUAGGUCCCCCCGUGUGGUUCUGGGAUUUUUACUCACCGUUCUUGUGAACUGUGGGAGCCCCAGAUCGAGGGAGAUUAUCAGUGGUCUUGUAUGUCUUCCAUUUCCUAAUAAUUGCUCCCACAGUUGAUUUCUUCAAACCAAGCUGCUUACCUAUUGCAGAUUCAGUCUUCCCAGCCUGGUGCAGGUCUACAAUUUUGUUUCUGGUGUCCUUUGACAGCUGUUUGGUCUUGGCCAUAGUGGAGUUUGGAGUGUGACUGUUUGAGGUUGUGGACAGGUGUCUUUUGUACUGAUAACAAGUUCAAACAGGUGCCAUUAAUACAGGUAACGAGUGGAGGACAGAGGAGCCUCUUAAAGAAGAAGUUACAGGUCUGUGAGAGCCAGAAAUCUUGCUUGUUUGUAGGUGACCAAAUACUUAUUUUCCACCAUAAUUUGCAAAUAAAUUCAUUAAAAAUCCUACAAUGUGAUUUUCUGGAUUUUUUUUCUCAAUUUGUCUGUCAUAGUUGACGUGUACCUAUGAUGAAAAUUACAGGCCUCUCUCAUCUUUUUAAGUGGGAGAACAUGCACAAUUGGUGGCUGACUAAAUACUUUUUUUCCCCACUGUAUCUGCAUUGCCUGCUUUGAUUUUGACAUGAGAAUUCUCCCAAGUCUCUGAUGUUCUAAGCCCCUGUCUAUCUUCAUAUUUGAUUACCUUAUCACCUCUUUCUCUCUCUGUAUCUUUUCUCUGUCUCUUCUCAUCAAUUACUGUCUCCUCUCUACCCUCUCUCUCUCUCAACCUUCUCAGACAGUAACUGUGUGAAGAUGUUGGAGCUGGGGGUGGUUCCUCAUAUCCUGACCCUGCUGGAGCAGCAUGUGGACGAAGGCGACGUGUCCGUCCAGCAUGCCGGACUGAGCGCUCUCAGAAACCUGGCCAUCCCUGGUACAUAGUAGAAUGGAUAACCACACACACACACACACACACACACACACACACACACACUAACCCCACCGACCCCACUGACCCCACCACUGAAUUACAAACUGACACUGUGAAAUGAAUCACUAAUGGGAUUCUCUUAUAAGCUGUUCUCAGGACUCUCAGCUCUGACCUCUCUGACCCCUCUUCUCCCUGGUGUUUCAGCCACAAAUAAGGUGAGGAUGCUGGAGGACGGGGUGACAGAGAGAAUCAGGACCUUGCUGCGCUCUGACAUGCCCCCAGUGCAGUUCAAACUGCUGGGCACCCUGCGCAUGAUGGUGGAUGGACAAGGUGAGUGGGAAAGGUGUAUGGUGGAGGAGAAUGGG